AUGUCAACUUUACCUAAAUAUGUAGCAGGUCCAAAUGACCCAAUUUUACCACCGCAACUUUCUGAUUUUAAAGAUAAAACUACAGAUGAAGUCUUUGAAGAGUUGAAUAGAAUGCCAUUUUUUAUGACAAAAUUAGAUGAUACUGAUGGUGAUGGUGGUUCGAAUGUGACUUUGGAUGCUUUGAAAGCUUUGGCUUAUGAAGGUGAACCUCAUGAAAUUGCAGGAAACUUUAAAAACCAAGGUAACGACCUCUAUAAAGUUAAAAGAUUUAGAGAUGCAAGAGAAUUAUAUAACAAAGCCAUUGAUGUUAAAUGUGAUGAUGAUAAAAUUAAUGAAUCGCUAUAUGCUAAUAGAGCAGCUUGUGAAUUGGAGUUAAAAAAUUAUAGACGCUGUAUUAAUGAUUGUAAAAUGGCUUUAUCUUUAAAUCCAAAAAAUAUUAAAUGCUACUUUCGUAUGGCAAAGGCUUUCCUAGCAAUUGAAAAAUUUGACGAUUGUAAAGAGGCUAUCCAAUUUGGUUUGAAAUUUGAUCUUGAAAAUAAAUCUUUAUUGAACUUACUAGAAGUGGUCAAUAAGAAAGAAUUUGAAUUAAAGGAAAAAGAAGAAAAAUUAUUAAAACUAAAGCAAGAACGUGAAGGUAAAGAAAUUAUACUGGAAAAUGCUAUGAAAUUAAGAAAUAUUAAUGUGAUACAUACACAAGAACCUCCUGAACUACUGAAUGAAACUAAAAUCUACUUGGAAGAUCCAUUGGAUUAUGAAUCGCAAUUAAUUUUCCCAGCAAUUGUAAUGUAUCCAACUACUGAUGAAUUCGAUUUCAUUGCUGCUGUUAGUGAAUUAUCUAAGGUUCAAGACUUAUUGGAAUUAGUCUUAGAUAGACCACAAGAAUGGUUUGAGGAAGAAGGUCAUGAAAACUUUACUGAAAAAAAAUUAGUUGCAUAUAUGGAAACUUUAUCUGGUGGUUUAGUUAAAGUUGGUAAAAAAUUAGUCUUUCACGAUAUUUUGAAAAUGGAGAAGCCAUCUAUUCCAAUGAUGGAUAAUGCCAUAAAGAUAUAUUUUGUUCCAAAAUCUGAAUCUGAAGCAUGGUUAGGAAAAUGGGAUAGAAAAAAUGCUAUUGAUAAAAGAUUAUAA